GCUCAUACGCUUUAGCUAGCAGGUUAGCCUUUUUAGCAUCUGUGUUACACAAUCGUGUCUUUAGGUCAAACCUGAAUCAGCUUAUCGAGAAGAAGGAACUAGCAAGCUAGCUAGUUUCUUCAACAGCCAUGGGUGUGCAAGUCAAAGUCGAAUACUGCGGUGGAUGAGGGUACGAGCCCCGCUAUCAGGAGCUCGCGCGGGUUGUCACCGCGGAAUUCACUGAAGCGGAAGUGUCGGGCUUCGUAGGAAGGCAAGGCAGUUUUGAGAUUGAGAUCAACGGGCAAGUAGUUUUCUCCAAGCUCGAAACAAGCGGCUUCCCAUAUGAAGACGACAUCAUGGACGCUAUACAGAAAGCCCAUGAUGGCAAGCCAGUGGAGAAGAUCACCAAGAGCCGCCCGCCUUGUGUCAUCCUGUAGAUCUCCUCUCCCUCUAUUCUCCAACCCUGCCCUCUCCUGACAGCASCAUGCUGAAGACAGGACAYUGCGCAURCAUCACUGCCACUGUCAUUAUUCACUCAGCCUUUGCACUACCCGGGCAUGAGGGUGACACACAACUCUCUGUUGAAACUACACUAGCAGAGUUGGACUAAGACCACUGUCUUUGAUUUAGAGUACAACCUGUCGUAAGGUUUUGUUGUGCCUUCUCUCUCCCCUCUCUCUCUGCUCCCAUUGAGGUGUUCCAGGACUUAUAUGAUUACUGUAGACCAAAGCUGAAAGGUUUAUAGUAUGAUGACCCCAGUCCUGGCAGCUCCUAUGUUAUGGGAUCAGAGAAAUGGAGGAGACCGUAAGAUCGAGGGGCAGACGGGUUGGGGGGAGCACCCUAUUAUAUUCCAGAAGCCUCAUUGCCUGGCAGACAGUUACUGCCUGAUUGUUCUAAUUCCUCUCAAAUAAUACAGCACCAUCAUUGGCCAGACAUAAAUAAAGUUUUGAUGAACGUAAAA